AUGUCACAAGGGGAUGGUAACUACAGUGGAAUGUGUUGUGAUGGCGACGCAAUCACAUCGUCUUGUACGCAACAGUACAUAGCAAAACAUUUGGACAUAGAUAAAGCGCAAGACAACGAUCAGAACAUGCUAAAAGUAAAACCAAUACCGAAAAUCGAAGAAAAAAAUAGUGAUUACAAGGAUACAAUUGCCAACAUAAAAAACCUUUUAAAAUUAUAUGACAGCGAGUUACAAAAAAGCACAUAUUAUGGGAAACAAGUGGUUGUUGAUAACAAACUGGAAGGUCCAAAACACGGCAGUCACGUUGGCGGUGACGCACGCGUGAGUGUUAUCGAUAUAUUUGCAAAACAUAGAAGCGUCGCUGACCACGUAACUAAACCGAUAAAUCUUAAUAAAGUGGAAUUUGCCACUCAAUUAUUUUCAACGACAGCACCGACAGCUAUUCAAAAUAUUUACACUUUUAAAGGUUUUUAUGAUGAUGAACUAUGGGAUAAUACCAUACCUCAAGAAACAAAAACGAUUGGCUCUAAAAUCAGUUUUAUUAAUGACGAUGACGUAAAUAAAUUUCAAAAAUCAGUUCCAACAAAAUCCAACAAUCACUUUUUAAACGUGAAGAAGAAAUCCCCGAAUAAAGAAUAUCUUGGGAAUACUAUUAAAAAAGAACAUGUGUUACCUAAAGUGCGUACUACAAGAAGUACUGCAAUUAAAGAAAUACAAAAUGAUACAACCUUUGAAACUGAAAAACUCUCUAACAUGAUGGUAAAUCACGAGUCAACAGAUCAGAUUUAUCAAACAUUGAAUUCUUACGCCGUCAUACCCUUAAAUGACAGUUUAAAACAAACUAUAGAUACACAAACAAGCACUGAACAUUCAAAAGACAAUAAAGGUUCAAAAAUAGAUUAUUUUCAAGAAGACAGUUAUUUGGAUAAAACAACAAAAAACCAAUAUCAAGAAAACAUUGGCAAUUCGGAAACGCGUUUUCAAAAGUCAAAUAAAAAUGUCAUGCCUACUAAUGAGAAUCUAAACGAUAAAAUUAAUACAAUUACGCCAAUUAUUAAUAAUCAUAAACUUAUCAGCAAGGUACGGUUAGAUUUAGAAACAGAAACUGAAAAUGUUUUUAAGAUUCCCAGAGAUCAUAAAACAACAUUUGAUUUUGUCGAAUCAUUUACAGAGGAUAACAAGAGAAUAACUAAAACACAUACGAUAAGUACUCAACAAAAAAAUGCUGACCGUAAUAGUAACUAUUUAUCACGAAUUAUAGACACUUCAAGCAUGAAACAAAAUUACGAUAACGAACAAAUAUACGAGACUACGAAAAAUUAUAAUGAUGAAAUCUCAACGGAAGUUAAUUAUGACAACACUGUUCACAAUUCACAAGAAGAUAUAUAUUCUAGUGAGAAAUAUAAGCAUGCAAUCAUAAAUUCAAUUAUAGAAAGUAUCCAUCCACAACAGUUCAUCGAUUAUAAAAAUACUGGGGACUCUAACAUGGACAAAGUAUUAUCAAAUGAAUCUUUACUAUUGAAAAAUAAUGAAAGUACAACAUAUCUACCAGACAUACAUACUGAUAUUAGUUCAAUAGCAAUUACGGAACCUUCAGCUGAAUAUGUUGAUUUUUCUAUAGGAUCGGAAGAAAAACGUAUAAACAAGUCUUUUGAAAUACAUUCUACUUACGAUGAUAACAAACACCUAUCAGUUAACCUAUUUGAGUCUUUGAUUCCCUUAGACCCCGUUAUUACAUCUAACAAUAUCACUGAAAAUGUUCAGUUCACCACAGAUUAUAAAAUCUUGGCAGAAAAAGUAACAGAAGCUUCAGUUAAAUUAAAUGGCUAUCUUGAAAAUGACGAUUUAUCUGAGAAAUACGAUAAUCCGUUGACUAACCUAACAGAAUUUUUCUUUUCUAUGCAUAAUGCAAUAGAGAAUGAAUCGCAAGAUCGUAACAAACUUUCGUAUCAUGCACAGGCAAUUAAAACUUCACCCGUCCAAAAUAUAAAUCCAAUCGCCCAAUUAGUUGAUAAAAAUCUAUCAACAACUGAAAAUGUUGUUGCUCUAUCAAUUAUAAGUAAAAAUCACGUGACAUCAAAUCCCAAACAUUAUAAUAAAGACAGUUUUGAAUAUGCUACUAUACCUGUUAUUGUAGUACCUGAUAAUAAUAGUGUGUUUGAAGUAAAUUUUGACAAAUCGCUCCAAACCGAUGAAUCUGGUAACAAAGAAAACUUAGACGAUAUCGAAAAUUUAAAUUUAGUUAAUGGCUCUGUUGGUAUAGUGUUAGAAUCAAAAAAUAAAACUCCGGUACAUUUGACAGAAAAAAGUUCCGUUAAAAUAAUGGAUAGCGUCACUUCCAAUACUCAGUACACAAAUAUUGAACAGUUGGAAUAUAUCACUGAUCCGAGUUGGUUUAAUUUAAACAAAAAAUUGGGGACUACCAGUUCUAGCUCAGAAACGGUUAAAACCACUAUCAACAGUGAAGUUACAGACAGAGAUUAUACCGUGACUAUAUUUAAAAAUGGGGAAACUAUUACAAGUAAUAGAAAUGAUGAAACAUCUAAUUAUAUUACUGACAAUAACGACAACACUGCUUUUAUGACUGAAAAGCCAGAUACUGCGACUGAAAACAUUGAAACUGGUUUAGAUGAUAGAAAUAUAAAUGAAGAAAACUCGUACGACACCACUGCAACGACGACCGCAAUUAUUGAUUUUACAAUGAAAUCGGCAUCAGUCAUCUCUGUAGAAGAUAAGAAAAAAUAUAAUUUUGGAGAACAUGCUGCAACUACAAAUAAAGAAACGCCGGAAACGACUGGAGACGGAAAUAAAAUUAAUUCUUCAGAACAAAUGAGUACCCAAAAAAUAGGUAAUGAUUAUGUGGACGGGCCAGAAUCAUUAAUAUAUGCACCGUUGUCACUUAAAAAAGUAGAACCUCUAGUGGCCGAUAGAGAAUCAACCCAGAUCAUUGAAUUAGUCUCCACUACGGAAAUAUAUACUGCGGGAGAAAAUUUCGAUAAAGUCCUAGAAAUUUAUACUCCAGAACCAAUAUUUCCGAUGAAUAUGCAGCCUCCAUUGAAAAAUUUAAGAGGAAAGCCGAAAAAUGAUGUAGCUUCGGCCGAAGAAGUAAUAACAAUGAAUAAAAAUGACGUUCAAGCUUCAGAUUUUCAUACAUCAACUCCAACGGUACAUUUAAAUGUGGAACCGUUAGUCUAUACGAAAGGAAAACAUUUAAACAAAUUAAAAGUAACUGCUACAACUGCACCAAUAGAACCAAUGAAUUCAAAAUACCUUAUGUCCCGUGAAGAAGAAACAAAUGACGUUGAUAAAACGAUAACAAAUAUAACUCAAGAUACAAGAGGAAGCCAAGUAAAUGCCUCAGUUACUCAUGAACUACUGGUUCAUAAAGAGCUUGGUCAAAUACCAGAAUUACAUAAACCCACAUCAUCGUCAACAAAUAUAGAAUUAUUAAUAACGAGUACAAAUGGAAAAUAUAUAGACGACUCCGUUACGAUAUCGGUGACAAAAUACGAAGAGUCCACGACUAUGAAAACAUUGUUACAAGAUACAGAAUCUGUAAUAUCAUUAGGGAAACAAGAUAUAGAAGUGAUAGCUGGUACUACAACACCUAAUACACAAACUACAACCGCAACGGAAUAUGUUGAUUAUUUUGUAGAAUCCGGAGAAAAAUAUGUAAAUAAAUAUUUUCAAAUGUAUUCAACUAAUGACGAUCAAAAAUAUCUAUCGGCUAAAGAUCAUGAAUCUGUGAUUCCUCUGGAACCCAUUACUACAUUGCACAAUGCUACUAGUAAUGUCAAUUUUACUACUAGUUAUCAGAAUGUGGAAAUAAAUAAAACAGAUAAUUCGGUUCUAUUUAACCGCCAUCCUGAAAAAACCGAUAAAAAUAAAAUUUUGUCGGACGACGAGAAUAGAGCUUAUAUAUUAAAUAAAAAAAACAACAAAUCCCAAGGUCCUUCAAAAAAAAAUCAUGGUAUUAUAAGUCCUAUCACCAAAAAUAUAGCUACCAAAAUAUCAAACACAUUUCCUCAAGUCUCUGAAUUUGGUGUACCUAGUCUAAAUGUUGAACCUCUACUAAUCUACAGAGAGGAGAAACCAAUAGUUUCAGCAGAGAAAAAUAUAACGGUAACGGAUAAAGGUUUUGCUCAAAAUUUGAAAUCUCAUACAAUUGCACCAACGUUAGCAACAAAUGCGCAAUAUUCGGAGAAAUACAAAGAACAACAGCAAAAUAAUAGACCAAUGUUAGUCAAUGAUGAAAAAAACAGAUAUUAA